AUGUUCGAUACUCUGAUAUCCUUCCAAAUGGAGCUCGCCCGGACGAUACACCAGCAUGAUAAUGUUGUGAUUUUGGCUGAUAAACAUACGAUGCCGUACUUCGAUGGUCGCUCUCGAUCGAUGAAAACCCGACUUCCUUUAGAUGCUUUAAUUCAGACCUCAAUUUAUGAUAUCAAUAUUCGCGAUUUUGCUCCGUUUGGUGUUCGUCAGUUAAUCAAAUUCUCAUACAGGCCUUCUGGAAUGGAUGAAAUAGCAGCUCGACAAAUCGACGAGAGUAUUCGACGUUUUAUUGAUGAGUACAGACUGCGUAUUGACAAACGCGAAUACGAAUUAAUACUUUCGGCAGCAAACGUUGUUGAUAACGGUAUCAAUAAGGCCAUUAUUGACGAGAAAGUCCUAGUGGAAAACAGAGGUCGAUUACCUGAUUGGGCUAUUAUGAUCAAACUUUUCAACGCCUUUAGAAAGGUUGUUGUUAUCUCAAAUCCGUUGAAUACGACAAAUUUGCGACUUGAUGAUGUUAUGUCAUUUGUUGAUGACCAAAUUUUGGUUAUCCCAACUCUUGACAAGGAAACACGAGCCAAUCUUGAUGCUGAAUUAUACAAGAAAUUCCGAGAUGAAGUGAUGUUGGUUGAUCUACCAGCCCAUUUAAAUAACGAUAGAAAAGGAAACUGUGGCAUGUACACAGCGAUUCUGGCCACAGAGAAAUAUGUCUAUGUACCGGUAUUUGGAAAUGAUCCAGGCAAUUGGAAACGGGGUCAUUCAACUAUGAUGGACAAAAUGGUCAUUCAUAUGCUUGAAGUUAACACACGAAAAACGGUUGUUCCUGUCAAUAUUCCCCGUGCGAUCUGUGAACGUGGUAUUUCAUUGCGAUCACUUGCUUGGACAUUAAGAGGCAAUGCUGCCGACCAUAUAAUUCAAGUAGCAAGGAAUACAUUAGCUAAAUUGUUCGCUUAA